ACCACACAAUGAUAGAACUCGGCAGCUAUCGCCACCACACAAUGGCAGAAGCCAGCGGCCAUCGCCACCACAGCCACAGGAACAACAUCAGCAACAUCCACAAUUUCAAUGCCCCAAUCAUAGUAAACCGUCUAGCCCUUCCCCGGACCCAUGCAUAGCGGGAGUUUUAGUGCUCCAGGCUGUCGUUUAAAUGUUCAUUCUCAAUCUCAAAACAGCAAUUACUUCCCUUCAAACCCCUUUUUUCCCCAAAACUCUAACUUUGGUUAUUUUCCGAAUCAAAGUUCUAAUUUUGGUUAUUUUCCGUUCCAACCAAACCCGAGUUUUCAGUUUUCAUCGCGUAGUAAUAAUGAAGUUGUUGAGAGAGUUGAUAGAGCUGUAAUGAAGGCACGUAGGGACAUUAUAGAGGCUGGUGAAAAUGUGUCAGCUUGGAAAGUUUCACAAGCUGCUUUAGUUAUGCUUAAUGCUGAUUCUUGGGAUUCUUUGGGUCUCAAAAUGCAACAAGUCCCUUCUCUCUUUCAACUCAUUGUUACUGAUGGAAAGAUUAAUGCCUUGAUCCAUUGCUUUGUGGCUGUUCAAAGAAUUACCACAUUGUAUGAUUUGGAAGCAGCAAUACUCAAGAAUGAGGGGGUGGAGAAGUUUGAAGAACUGGUUCCACUAGUGAAGCACCCACUUAUUAUCCAUUAUUUUUCUAUCAGUCCCGAUGUGUCAGAAGUUUUCAGGAUAACAAGUGUGGAGGUCAUAUCCUUCCUUGCUGACUACAUGAAUGCCGAUAAAAGAAGAAGAGUAGACAUAGAUGAAUUUUUGAACUUCAUUGCCGAGAAGAAAUCCAUUGGUACAACAGAGAAGCUCGGCGUGCGGAUUCAAAGCUUGGGGAUGCAUAUUACUUUUAUCAAGCAAGCAAGGCAGAAGAAGUUCCCAGUUGGAAAUAUCAAAAGCUCGGAUAGACUAGCCACAUGUCCUUAUCCAUCAGCUUCUGAAGAAAUGACGCGGCUGGGUUUAAAAGAUGAAGUUGAGGUUAGCCCACAUACCGCUAGCGGUAGUGAUAAAACAAGCAAAGAUAUUGGGCAAUUCAAUAGAAAAAGAAAAUAUGAUGAGAAUUCCCUGGCUUUACCCAAAAAAGUACCCAAACGAGAUGUGGUGCAGGCAAACCUUACUCGCAAGAAUUAAGGGAAAAAAAAAUCUACUAAGGUGUGGAAUCAAGGCGCUGAUGUUUCAAAUGAUUUUUCACAUGGUGAUGAUUCAAUUAAGAUGUUUGUCAACACUUGGAAGGAGGCAUGUCGGACAAACAGUGUGGAUGAGGUUUUCCAGAGGAUGCUUGAGUUCUAUAAGACAAGGAAGCGCGUUCAAGUUACCAGGAUGUUUUCAUCAUAUCCAUUUUGUGGGUUGCUUCAUGUUGCUAUUACAUCUAUUGAACGUGGAAUGUGGGAUAGCUUGUAUGAUAAGCUUCAUACAGUUCACCAAUGUGCAGUGACCAAAGGAGGUACUGAAAAUUGUGCUGAUUCCAUAUGCAUUGAGGUUGAUUCAGCUGAAAGGGAUGCUACCAAUCUGUCUGAGAAGCUUUUGGCGUGCGAAAGUGGGAUCACCAUUGAGGACAUACACAGUAAACUUUCCACCUAUUUGGUGGGUGAUGAUGCUGCCUUAUCUGCUGCAAGUUCGUACCAUGUCUUCCUGUUGAACAAGUUUUGCAAGCUUGAAUCUUGGUUGACAGAGCAGUUUUCUGUGAAGCAUUUUGAGUCACUUGGUUACGGAAACAUCUGGCUCUUCCUGGAGAAAAAUAUGCAUCUGUUCAGUCAUUCUUUAGGAAGGUUCUUCACAAGUGACAUGCCUGAGAAACCUCCUCUGGAACCUUCAAUGCUUGAUUGUCAGUUUGACCUAUUGUUAUCACAGGCUUCACAAAAUGUUUAUGGGAGAACAAAGAAGGACAAGCGAAGGAUUUCUGAUUUACUAAUGAGGCAAUUCCCUUUAGUCUGUUUAAAAGUAGCUGGAAAUGAUUUUAUGAUAGAUAUAGAGGGUUAUAUGAAGGCAAAGAAAGGAAAUAUGACGUUAAGGUCUGUUGUAUUCUCUGAAACAUUGCUCAAGGAAGUUGGUGUGGGUAAAAAUAAUGAAAGUAUGUUAGAUAAAGCUGAUUCGGAGAAUGAUGUAGGGCAAGGAGAUUGUAUAGAAACGUCCAAAGAUGCCAUGAAGGCCUUGGUCAAUGCUCCAAUGUUGAUAGAUCUGAACUUGUGGCUGCAUUGGGACAUGGUCUUUGCUCCUUCUCUUGGUUCUCUUGUGGGCUGGCUGUUGAACGAGGUAAAUAGCGAAGAGUUGUUGUGUUUGGUAAUUUCGUGUGGGAAGGUGUUGCGUGUUGAUCAUUCAGCCACUAUUGAUUCUUUUGAUGUACUUUUGCAAGGCAAUCCUUUUGAUACAGCUGUCAAACUGUUAUCGUUGUUGGUUUUAUAUGGUGGUGAAAUAAAUGUUCCUAAUUCACUCUUAAAAUGCCAUGCACGUCAUGCAUUUGAAGUUUUUUUUUAAAAUUAUGAGGAGAUGAAAUCACAUGACAUUCCGGACUCCCUCAAGCAUGCCACAUCUCUGUGCAGACAGCUCAUACACGAUGAAACUAUAUCGACUAUGAACAAGAAAUUAUUGAGGAGGGAUAGGGUUGGUAAAAUCGCGCCUUUGGCAUCAAGGUUUAUUCUUGACUGUCUGGGCUAUCUGCAGGUUGAGUUUUGCCAUUUUGCUGCAGACAUCUUGCUUUCAGGGGUGCAACCUUUUGUUAAAGAUGCUCCUUUAGCUAUCUUAGAUGAAUGUGAACGGAUAGACCAGCGUCUUAUGCUUCAUCGAGUUGGAAUGUCUCUGGGCAUAGUGGAAUGGGUUGAAGAUAAACACAAAUUGAGUGUCUGUUCUGAUACUAACUCGUUAAUGUCUUCUAGGUCAUCAUGCUUGAAAGUCGCAGAGUUUGAUUUCAGCAAAAACUCAAACUUUACAGAAGAAGUAUCGAGCGAAUGUCCCUUGUCUAGAACUGAAAUUAGCUUCUCCCAAGAUCCAAUGCGGCAACAUGAAAAUCAAGAUGCCAGUUGCUCUGCAGGUGUUGUAGCUUGUGUUUCUUCUGAUAAUUUUGCUGAUAGUGCCAAACAGCACUCAUGUGAGCUUGAGAGUUCCGCUGCCAGUGUUAUUGAAUCUAUUCAGCGAGAAGAGUUCGGUCUGCAGCCUGAUCUUUCACCUGUUGAAAGUGCAGUGUUGAAUAAGCAACAUGCUCGCUUGGGGAGAGCUCUGGAUUGUCUUUCGCAGGAGUUGUAUUCUCAGGAUUCACAUUUUAUCCUAGAGCUGGUUCAGAACGCUGAUGAUAAUACCUACCUAGAGCAUGUCGAACCCACUUUGACUUUCAUUCUUCAGUAUAAAGGCAUUAUAGUUCUGAACAAUGAAUGUGGAUUUUCUGCUGAUAACAUCAGAGCACUCUGUGAUGUUGAGAAUUCUACUAAGAAAGGGCGUAAUGCUGGAUAUAUUGGGAAGAAAGGCAUCGGUUUCAAAUCAGUGUUUCGGGUCACUGAUGCUCCAGAAAUUCAUUCCAGUGGCUUCCAUAUUAAGUUUGAUAUAAGUGAAGGCCAGAUAGGUUUUGUUUUGCCAACUGUUGUACCUCCUUGUGACAUUGACUCCUACACCAGAUUGGCCUCUUUAGAUUCUGAUUGUAAUCAUGGUAAUACCUGCAUAGUGCUUCCCUUUAGGUCAAGUCUCCUGGAAACGUCUGCUGUAGAGAAUAUUGUGUCAAUGUUUUCGGAUCUUCAUCCAUCUUUGCUACUUUUUCUUCACGGUCUUCACUGUAUAAUAUUUAGAAAUAUGCUAAGUGAUUCUACUUUUCUUAUGAGGAAAGAAGUCGUGGGAAAUGGCAUCGUUAAGGUUUCCCUUGGAGAGGAGAAAUUGACCUGGUUUGUGGCAUCCAAGGAAUUGCUGGUUCACACUAUUCGUUCGGACAUCCAAAAAACAGAAAUUUCCAUGGCAUUUACAUUGCAGGAAGCGCUUGAUGGAACCUACAAUGCACAUCUGACCCAACAGCCUGUUUUUGCAUUCCUACCUUUGAGAAAGUACGGCCUAAAGUUUAUACUUCAGGGUGAUUUUGUACUUCCUUCAUCUAGAGAAGAAGUUGAUGGUGAUAGUCCUUGGAACCAGUGGUGGUUAUCAGAGUUUCCUGGAUUGUUUGUUAGUGCAGAAAGAUCAUUUUGCGAUCUGCUAUGUUUUAAGGAUAAUCCAGCAAAGGGUGUUACAGCUUAUAUGAGCUUUGUUCCCCUUGUUGGGGAGGUUCAUGGUUUCUUUUCUGGUCUUCCUUGGAUGAUUCUUUCUAAAUUACGCAUGUCAAACUGCUUGAUAAUAGGAAGUACGGAAACUCAGUGGGUUCUUCCAUGCAAAACUUUGAGAAAUUGGACCCAGGAGGCCUGUAACCUUUUGCCUGAUAGCUUUCUUCUCAAGCAUCUGGGUGUUGGUUUCUUGCAUGAAGAUAUAGUUCUAACAGAUUUAUUAGCCAGGGCUCUAGGAAUUGAGGAGUAUGGACUCAAAGUUCUAUUUCAGGUUAUUACUUCUUUAUGCACUUCAGUAGAAGGUCUGCAUGAGUUUGGGAUGGUUAUGUGCGUGGAUGUUUAUAUGAUGUUGUCACAUGGGAAAAGCUCAGCAGGCUUUGAGACAGAAAUGGAUCUUAUGAAGAACCUCAAAAAGAUUCCGUUUAUUCCUCUUUCAGAUGGAAAAUAUGGAUCAUUGGAUGAAGGUGCAAUUUGGUUGCAUGUUGAUCAAAUGGGUGCUGCAACUAAUGAUGAGUAUGCUCCAGAAACUUUCCCCAGAUUGUAUUCUAUGCUCAGAACUGUGAGUCCCACACUUCUUUCUGAUGCUGCUGCUCUUGGUACAUCAUGCUCUGAUUCAUCAAUGUUAGAUAACGUUACUAGGAUGCUGUACAGAGUUGGUGUACAACGGUUAUCGGCACAUCAAAUAGUAAAGAUGCAUAUCCUACCAUUUAUCUGUAGAGAUGAUGUUGGACAAGGACCUAGAGAACUAUUGACAGAGUAUUAUGCCUUCUUGAUGUUCCACUUGCAAUCAAGUUGCCCUGACUGUCAAUCAGAAAAGGACCAAAUUAUCAGAGAAGUUCGUGAUAAUGCUUUUAUAUUGACAAAUUAUGGUUGUAAACGUCCUAAAGAGUUUCCUAUCCAUUUCAGCAAACAUUUUGAAAAUCCCAUUGAUAUGAGUAUUAGAUCUUGAUGGCAUGAGAUUGAGGAUAUGUUCUUCAACCAACCAAUCAACAAAUUGUUAUCUGGGGGUGUGUUAAAGUGGAGAAAGUUUUUCCAGGAAAUUGGAAUCACUGAUUUUGUACAAGUUCUUCAGGUUGAGAAAAAUAUUUCCGAUGUAUGCUCUGUUCCCAUUAAUGCAACAUUGGAUGGAGGUUUGAAUUCCAGAGGAUCAGUUGCGAGAGAUUGGAUGUCUGAUGAGUUUGUCGAUUUGUUGUCACAAUUAUCUUCAACGGGUGACAAGGAAAAAUGCAAGUACCUCUUGGAGGUACUUGAUAGUUUGUGGGAUGAUUAUUUUGCUGACAAGGUUACUGGCUUUUAUUUCAGUUCCAAUGGAGAACGACAAUUAUUUGGCUCUUCAUUCACCAGAACCCUCCGUGAUGUUUAAUGGCUGGCAUCAAGUUUGGAUAGUAAGCUUCAUUGUCCAAGGAAGUUAUUCCAUGGUUGUGACACUGUGCGCUUGGUUUUUGGUGACAACGCUCCAUAUGCUAUUCCAGAGGUGAGAAGCAAUAAGCUGUUAACAGCUCUUGGCUUGAAAAUCCAAGUUACAGUUGAUGACACUUUAGCAAUUCUUAAAGCUUGGAGAGCUGAACUAACUCUGAGCGCUAGUUUAUCACAAAUGUCAAAAUUCUACAAUUUCAUCUGGAGUAAGAUGAACACUUCAGAGAGGAAGGUAGUUGAAGAAUUACGUAAUGAGCGUUUUGUGUUUGUCCCUUGUAAGUUGGUUGCUUCACAUGAAGAUGUAGUACCUGGUGUUCUUUUGUCAUUUAAAGAAGUCUUCUGGCGUGAUUUAACUGGUUCCACGGACCAAGUGAAGAUGAUUUUCCCAGAAUCUGAUCCACAUUCAGUUCAGCAUCCUUUCACCAAAAUGUUAUGUAGUGUUUAUCCAUCUCUUCAUGACUUUUUUGUGAAAGAAUGUGGAGUGAAUGAGUUCCCUCAUUUCCAUGGAUACCUUCAAAUACUGCUGCAGUUGUCAGCUACUGCUUUACCUUCACAAGCAGCCAAGAAUGUCUUCGAAAUAUUUCUUAAGUGGAUUGACGAACUAAAUUCAGGAUCUUUGGGAUCUGAAGAUAUUGGUUUCUUGAAGCAAGGCCUUUUGACAACGGAUUAUCUGGUUCUUCCUACUGCAGAAGAUAAAUGGGUAUCUCUUAACCCAUCCUUUGGGCGCAUCUGUUGGUGUGAUGAUUAUAAGCUGAGGAAGUAAUUUAAUUAUUUUGAUGAUAUUAAGUUUAUCUACUUUGGGGAACUCAAUGACGAGGAAAAGGAGAUUCUCAAAACAAAAGUUUCAAUAGUCUUGCACAAAUUGAAUAUUCCUUCUCUAUCAGAGAUUGUAACACGGGAAGUGAUAUAUUAUGGUCCAACUGACUCUAUUUUUGUAGUUUCUGUGGUUAACUGGAUUCUUCCAUAUGCUCAACGCUAUAUAUAUAAGAGUCAUCCAGACAAGUAUUUGCUUCUCAGUCAAUCUGGAUUUGAGAACCUGAAAUGCCUGUAGAUUGUUGUUGUAGAAAAGCUGUUCUGCAGGAAUGUAAUUAAAAGUUCCCACAUUGCAUCCAAAAAACGGUUCGAAUGCAGUUCUCUGCUAGAGGGAAAGAUCUUGUAUGCCAAAUCAGAUUCUCACUCGAUAUUCAUGGAACUUUCUCGUUUAUUCUCUAUUGGAACUCCCGACUUGCACUUGGCAAACUUUCUUCAUAUGAUCACCACUAUGGCAGAGUCAGGUUCCACUGAGGAGCAAACUGAGUUUUUCAUUAUGAAUAGCCAGAAAAUGCCUAAGCUUCCUGCAGAUGAAUCUGUUUGGUCACUUGCAAAUGUUCCAUUGUCAGAAGAUGGUGAGGUAGGGCUGAUGAGUUCUUCUAGAACAAUGAAUGAGACAACCCCUGUGAAUUUCCGGAAGAGACCAAAAAUCAGCUCAAACUCUUCAGACUGGAAAACUGCUCCUGGUAGUGUAGCAAAGUCACCGGCAACCAGUGGUCUCAAAGCAUAUGCUCAGGUUCCAACUGAGAUCGCUUGUGUGGAGAAUGCGGACAAUGAUCCAGCAUCAGCUGCAGCUGUACUGGGUUCACAAGAUGCUGAUCAUGUGUAUAAUGUACUUGUACGUGGUCCUGUGAAACUGACAUUUGAUCCUCCUCGUUCCAUGACUAUACCACAUGACUUGAAUUAUAGUUCAUCGGAUGUUGCAGAAAGAGAUCAUCUGUAUACAGACACACCUGACCCUCAACAGGCAUUGUCAACUGGCAGACUCGGAGAAUUUGUUGCUUUCAAGUACUUUGCGGGGAAACAUGGUGAGCCUGUUGUGAAGUGGGUCAAUGAAACAAAUGAGACGGGGCUUCCUUAUAACCUUGUUGUAAGAGAUGACGAAUACAUAGAAGUAAAGGCCACUAGAGCGACAACAAAGGAUUGGUUCCAUAUUACCUCGAGGGAAUGGCAGUUUGCAGUUGAGAAAGGUGAAUCUUUUAGCAUUGCGCAAGUAGUUGUGUUAUCACCCGCUAAUACAGCAAUGGUGACAGUAUACAAAAACCCAGUCAACCUCUGUCAGCUUGGUAAACUUCAGUUAGCUCUCACGAUACACAACUCGUGAUGAUUCUUAAGACGUACAUAUGGAUGGUAAACUUAACUUCUUCUGGACUGCAGAUGAUAAGAUAGUAAAUAUUGUAAGUAAUGACUAAGCUUACCCCUCAUUUUGAUGGUUCUUCAUUUUUGUGAAUUUACUCUAUUUUGACCUUGCAUUGUUGGAGAAGCUUGAGCUUGAGUCAGGGCAGCAGUAAUUUCAGCCAACUGGUUUGUGUGUACUGUCUCAUUUUGGAAAUGACAGUUGACAGCAUUAUGUAUAUGAAGAUGUUCCUUGUAAUUAUUUUCUUAAUUAAAUCACUAAUUCAAGUAA